GUCUGUAAUGGCCGACAGUGGAUGAAUAAUUUUGCAAACAGUUGGAAAUUUUGCUACAAAAUGGGUAAUAAUCCCACCCAGUUGGAGAAGGAGAUUGGGUCAGUACAGCUGCCGGCCAAUGAACAUUAUUUUGGUCUAGUGAAUUUUGGCAAUACAUGUUACUGUAAUUCUGUUCUACAAGCCUUGUAUUUCUGCCGUCCAGUACGAGAGAAAGUGCUCCAGUAUAAACAUCAACAAAAAAAUCAAAAGAAAGAGACUUUGCUUUCGUGUCUAGCCGAUCUGUUUUAUAAUAUAGCCACACAAAAGAAAAAAGUGGGAACCUUAGCGCCAAAACGUUUCAUCACACGCUUAAGAAAAGAAUGUGAAUUAUUUGACAAACUAUAUGCAACAAGAUGCACAUGA